CACUCAGUGUUCUUUGACUAAGUCAAUCACUCACAAAUACUACAAAAUGUUCAAAUUGGCAAUUGUUGUCUUGGCUGUUGUUGCCUGCGUUGCUGGCAAACCAGGAAUUAUUGCUCCAAUUGCAUACAGUGCUCCAGUUGUAGCUGCUGCUCCAGCUGUUGUUACCGCUUCCAGCUCACAAGUUGUUGCUCGCAAUUAUAAUGGAAUUGCUGCUGCUCCAAUUGUUGCCGCCGCUCCUGUUGUCGCUGCUGCACCAGCUGUAGUAACCGCUAAGAGCUCCCAAGUUGUUGCCCGUAACUACAAUGGAAUUGCUGCUGCUCCAGUUGUCGCUGCUGCUGCUCCUGUUGCAUACACUGCCCCAGCCGUAGCUGCACCGCUCGCCUACUCAGCUGCUGUUGCCGGCCCAAUCGCUUCCUUGGCCUAUUCUGCUCCAUUAAAAUAUGCUACCGCCCCCGUUCUUUUAUAAUUUAUUAGAAAAUAGAUCAGAUUGACUAGUCAGA